AUGGCAGGGCCGGAGCUGCUGCUCGACUCCAACAUCCGCCUCUGGGUGGUCCUGCCUAUCGUUAUCAUCACCUUCUUCGUGGGCAUGAUUCGCCACUACGUGUCCAUCCUGCUGCAGAGCGACAAGAAGCUCACCCAGGAACAAGUCUCCGACAGUCAAGUCCUAAUUCGAAGCAGAGUCCUCAGGGAAAAUGGAAAAUACAUUCCCAAACAGUCUUUCCUGACACGAAAAUAUUACUUCAACAACCCAGAGGAUGGAUUUUUCAAAAAAACUAAAAGGAAGGUUGUUCCUCCUUCUCCUAUGACUGAUCCCACUAUGCUCACAGACAUGAUGAAAGGCAAUGUCACAAAUGUUCUCCCUAUGAUUCUUAUUGGUGGAUGGAUCAACAUGACGUUUUCAGGCUUUGUCACAACCAAGGUCCCGUUUCCACUGACCCUCCGUUUUAAGCCUAUGCUACAGCAAGGAAUUGAACUACUCACAUUAGAUGCCUCCUGGGUGAGUUCUGCAUCCUGGUAUUUCCUCAAUGUCUUUGGGCUUCGGAGCAUUUACUCUCUGAUUUUGGGCCAAGAUAAUGCUGCUGACCAAUCACGGAUGAUGCAGGAACAGAUGACUGGAGCAGCCAUGGCCAUGCCUGCCGACACCAACAAAGCUUUUAAGACAGAGUGGGAAGCUUUGGAGCUGACGGAUCACCAGUGGGCACUAGAUGAUGUCGAAGAGGAGCUCAUGGCCAAAGACCUCCACUUCGAAGGCAUGUUCAAAAAGGAAUUACAGACCUCUAUUUUUUGAAGACCAAGCAGGGGUCAGCUGUGUCAGGAACUCGGAGUAGCGCUUAACCUUGUAACUUUUGUUUGAGCUGGAGCCUCUCGGAAUAAAAAGGGGGAUGCGUGAGCUGGCGGGUGUGCAGCAAGGAUUGUUCUUGUCUGAGCCGGGUUCCCCUUUAUGUUUGAAACCAGAAGAAACAUGAGGAGUGUGUGCUGGGUGACUUGCCCAGAAACAACAAGUUUUGAAAUGUUUAAAGUUUUCCUUCUGGUGACUCUAGUAAUAAAAGUAAGAGAGGGGGAGAAACUCAAGCUAGUGAUAAUAUAUAAAACUUAGCAAAAAUUCAGGAAUUUCAGAAAAAGUGUUGUCAAUUAAACCUAAUGAUUAUGUACAGUCACUCUGACUUCUAAACCAUAGUAAACUCCUGUUUUCUUGGGAUCCAAACACCCCGCGUUUUACCUUUAAUUUUUUGUUAGUAUUUUUAUAACUUUCCUUAUGCAAAUAAUACAUUUUCAUUACCGAAAAUUUAGGACCAA